UUCCGCUCUUUUUCCUGACCUCGGGAGCUGACACUCUAUUUCACCAACUUACCAUACCGAGACCGGCAGAGAGAUAACUGGUAGGAGAUCUGGGAAAUCAUCAUCAUUAUUAUUAUAAUAAUAAGCGCUCUGGAUGGAAGCCCGCUAAAGAAUGUUCCGGAAGGGAAAGAAAAGGCACAGCAGCAGCAGCUCCCAGAGCAGUGAAAUAAGCACAAAGAGUAAGUCUGUAGAUUCCAGCCUUGGGGGACUUUCAAGAUCAAGCACCGUGGCUAGCCUAGACACAGACUCUGCCAAAAGCUUUGGGCAAGGCACUGGGAAUUCUGAAGCAAGUUCUGAGUUUAAGGUGAAAUACGUGGGGUCUAUUGAAAGACUGAAGCCCGAUGACUGCAAAACUCUGCAAGGACCAUUGGAUCUGAUCAAUUAUAUCGAUGUAGCACAGCAAGAUGGGAAAUUGCCUUAUGUGCCUCCGGAGGAGGAAUUUAACAUGGUCGUCUCAAAAUACGGGAUCAAAGUGGUAACAUCAGAUCAGUAUGAUGUUUUGCACAGACAUGCACUUUAUCUUAUUGUCAGCAUGGUGUGUUAUGACGAUGGGCUGGUGGCUGGAAGGAGUUUGUUGGCGUUAAAGACCAAAGAUCCAACUGAUGAUCAAUACAGUCUGUGGGUGUAUCAGUGUAACAAUGUGGAUCAGGCACAGGCCAUCUGCAAGGUCCUGUCCACGGCAUUUGAUGCAGUGUUAGCUGAGAAAGCAAGAGCUCCAAUGGAAUAGAACUCUCUAUGCAACGAUAUCCUCAGAUGUGCCUUAGCAAAGGGGGGAUCUAACCAUCGCAAGCCUUUAUUGGACCUAACCAUGCAAAAUCUGUUUCCUAAAUCCUGGACUGUUGCUGUGGAUUGAGGACUGGAUUGGGAACAACUGACCAAAUAUAUUGGACACAGAUAGACUCGGUGGACAAAUACUUCUGUGCAUCCUUGUAUUUUACUGUGUGUGUAUAUCUCUUAUAUGCAUAGUUUUAUCCUUAAAGGAACACUAUAGCGUUAGGAAUACAUAUAUAUAUAUAUGUCACCUAGAGGUGACUAGGGCCCUGUUCCGGGGCGAAUAAAUGGUAAAUCAACCAUUUAUUUGCUUACCUUAAUCCAGCACCAGGCUCCCUCGGCACUGGUGACCUCUCUGAAAGUGGUAUGUUUUAAGCUGCAGGGUUAAAACUAGGGGCGCCUGGCACCCAGACCACUUCAUUGAGCUGAAGUGGUCCUUAAAUAAUUGUUGCUGAAAUUAUCACUUCAGCAUUUCUAAUAAUGCCUAUGCACAGGAUUUCUGUAAUAUAAAUUGAUAAGUGCUGGUUAGUUGAAAUGGCCAUAGCUUCAUUGUUUUGUUCCUCCAAACCUCUCUUGAUGACAUAAAUGAAGUUAUAUAUUUUUGGUAUUUUGACAGGUACUGUAAAACCAGAUAUUACAAUUUACUAAGCGUUCGUGUAGUUUUAUUGUUUGAACCAAUGAACCUUAUUUUUAAAGCACGGUUACUUGAUGCUGAUAUAUUUUAUUACGUGCAUGUUUCAUAUAUUGUGCUCUAGGGGCUUUAGAAUCCUAUAUAAUGCAAUUCUUUUUAUUUAUGAUGCAUUUGGCUACUCAAUACUGCAUCCUUGUCUAGGUAGAGUCAUUGGCUAUUUUAGCCAAGGUCUAUGUAGUCAGACUAGUCUGGUCUCCAUCCUUGCUGUAUGGAGCUGCCAAAAAAUAAGUAGGAUAUUCCUUAUUGAUAGAAAAUCUUUUGGGACCAGAUUGUGAUUGUGUAAAGAAAUAAUAGUUAAACCUGUACUGUUAUGAGUCUGAAUACCGGGUUUGCUCAGCCUUAAAGGUACAUUUCUUAACCAGUGUGAACUUGACGAUUGGCCAGAUCCAAUACCCAUGGUCCUUCACACGGGUAUAAUUACGCUGAAAGAAUUACCACAAUGUCUGGAGCUCAAACCUUCACAAAGUACAAGCAGUAGCAUUAUUUAAUAUAAACAUAUCUCUCCGUAGUGAAGCAUUGGGAGUCAUUUUUUGCCAUAUGUUACCAAUGGUACUUUUUCAAUAUUUAUACUUGUAUAUCUGAUUACAUAUAUUUUUUAAAAGUAAAACGGAAUCCGAUUUCCUUUUAC